AUGAAAUCUUCUAGUAUUGGUCUUCCAACACCUCGUGGUUCUGGAACAAAUGGCUAUAUUAUGAGAAAUUUAUCUCAUAUUAAGCAUGCAAGAGAGCCAAUAAAGCCUUAUACACCUACAAGGCAUGUUUCUAAGAAACCAGAUAAAGAUAUUCUUGAACAUGAUAGAAAAAGAAAAAUUGAAAUAAAAGUGUUUAAAUAUAGAGACGAACUUGAAGAUAGUGGAGAGCUUUGUGAAGAGGAUAUUGAAAAAAAAGUAGACGAGUACCGUAAAAAGCUUUUAGAUCAGGAAAAAGAUGAGAUUGUUACAUAUAAAGAUGUUAAAAAUCUUAAAUCUUACCAAGUUCAUGAACUUGCAACUGCAAAAGCCAGAGAAUUAGAGAAGCUCAGAAAAGCGUUUGAGAUACGCGAGGAUUAUGAAGAAGGUGAUGCAUUUAAACGAAUGAAUGAGAAGUCUGCAAUAUUGAAAUAA